CUUUUCCAGCACGACACGCUGGAAUCUCAGCACAGCUGAUCCGUUGGGAUUCAGAUAAACACGCAGGACUUAUUGGCUAACAAUGUUUCAUGGGGUGGUUCGAAGUCGCGACAUUCGUGGUGUCUCCCGAAAACCAUGGCCUCGAAAGGUGCUUCAUUGAUAGGCCCCAGUUACCUGCCGCCUCCAACCAUACAAUAUAAAUAUCAUCUAGCCAUCGACAUGAUCCGGAACCUGCUCCUCUGCCUGUUCAAUUCUAUACUUCACAAAAUAUUUUCAUUCUGGGGAACAUACGCUGGUAUAUACAUCGUGUUCAUAAGUCGUCAUAAUGAUCGACCUCCUAGAAGUGAAAAGACGCUACGAAGCCGUGCUGGCAGUUGAAGAUAGCAGAGACAAAAUUCUUCAGAAUCUCUUUGCCCAGGUCGAAAGUCUGCAGAGGGCCCUUCAGAACACGCUUGGUGAUGCGAAGUUCCAGGAAUUGAAGAAGUAUAAAACAGAGUACGACGACUUGCGGCUUGACCAGUCCAAAUUAAGUUUUGUUUCUGUGCUUGUCGACGGUGACUGCAUGAAUUUCAACGAUGCUCUCAUCCGACAAGGCUACAACGGUGGACGCAAAGCUGCCAUGCUUCUCCGAAAGUCCGUCGAGCGUCACAUUCGUGAUAUCGAUCCACAGGCCAGCCCAAACAUCCAGUACCGUAUUCGGGUGUACGCCAACGUUCCGGGCCUGAUGAAAACGUAUCGGGAAGCACACAUCUUGCGUUCCAACGAAGCGCUAGAUCCAUUCAUUCGGGGAUUCAAUAUGGAGAACAGCCUGUGCGAUUUUAUCGAUGCAGGAAACGGUAAGGAGUGUUCAGACGUCAAAAUACGGGCAACAUUCGAACAAGAUAUCCUAGACGUCCACUGCCGUCGCAUCAUCUUCUGUGGCUCGACCGACAAUGGCUACGCACGCAUCCUCGGCUCCCACCAAGGGUCCAACCGCAUCUCGCUCGUCCAGGGAGCACCCUUCGCAUGGGAAAUGGAGCAGCUAGCAAGCGAGUUCCAAACCACAUCCUUUCCCGAGGUCUUCCGAUCCACGAAGCUACCCUCCCGAGCAUCAUCCUUCAGCGCAUUCAAAACCGCAUCCGCCAACUCGUCACCCAGCAGCUCUCCAACCAGCCUCAGCACACCCUCAACUCCAAAGCGCAAUUACGCCACGAUAGCAAACUUAACAGCCAGAGCCAACGGGUUGACCCGCCACCCCGGGCCAGCAGCAGAGAGAACUUCGAAAGGUUGCGAAGGUCGAAAUACUGCAAGUGUCCCCUUGGUGAUGAGUGCGGGCACAGACAUGGACGCCGACUCGGAUCUAGGGAUGUUCAUGAUCUCUGGUGCGUUACGCGAACGUGCGUCUGCCCGAAUGAUAUCUGGUGUACGGACCCCAAGUGUAUUUGUGGACAUCAGUGUCCGUGGGAGAAUCAGCAGGGACAUUGCAGUGCAGACUGCAAGUUCCCCGAGUCGAUGCAUGGGGUUGAUAAGUCGGUUGCGGUGA